AUGCCUGCUUUUCCGGAGGCGAGGGCGGCCCGACGCGCGGUGGCCCUGGCCCUGGCGCUGCUGCUCACCGUGGCGCCCGGGGGCGCCCUGCUCCGCCUGCAGCCCAGCAUGCCCCACGUGUGUGCCGAGCAGGAGCUGACCCUGGUGGGCCGCCGCCAGCCCUGCGUGCGGGCCUUCAGCCGCGCGGUGCCCGUGUGGAAGCCGGGCUGCGGGCGGCAGGCCUGGUGUGUGAGCCACGAGCGCAGAACCGUCUACUACGCGGCCUACAGGCAGGUGUACGCCAUGGAGGCCCAGCCCGUGCUCAGGUGCUGCCCGGGGUGGAGCCAGCGGCCAGGCGACCAGGGCUGCCUCUCCGCCGAGUGCGGCGCCGGCCUCUGUUUGAACGGUGGCAGCUGCGUGCCCGGCUCAGCCCAGCUGUGCCGCUGCCCCCCCGGCUUCCAGGGCGCCCGCUGCCAGUACGAUGUGGACGAGUGCCAGGUGCACAACGGCGGCUGCCACCACCGGUGUGUGAACACGCCCGGCUCCUACCUGUGCGAGUGCAGGCCCGGCUUCCGGCUCCACGUGGACGGCAGGACCUGCCUGGCCAUCAGCUCCUGCGCCGUGGGCAACGGCGGCUGCCAGCACGACUGCGUGCAGGUCACGGCGACGCAGCACCGCUGCCAGUGCUGGCCCGCGUUCCAGCUCCAGGAGGACGGCCAGCGCUGCGCCCGCAGGAACCCGUGUGCCGACCGGAACGGCGGCUGCAUGCACACGUGCCAGGUGCUCCGGGGCCUCGCCCACUGCGAGUGCCACGCCGGCUACCGGCUGGCAGCCGACCGCAAGGCCUGCGAAGACGUGGACGAAUGUGCCACGGGGCUGGCCCAGUGCGCCCACGGCUGCCUCAACACGCGGGGGUCCUUCCAGUGUGUGUGCCCCGCGGGCUACGAGCUGGGGGCCGACGGCCGGCAGUGCUACCGGAUCGAGAUGGAGAUCGUGAACAGCUGCGAGGCCGGCAACGGCGGCUGCUCCCACGGCUGCAGCCACAGCAGCGCGGGGCCCCUGUGCACCUGCCCCCGCGGCUUCGAGCUGCACGAGGACGGGAAGACGUGCAUCGACGUGGACGACUGUGCGGACGCGCCGUGCUGCCAGCAGGUCUGCACCAACAGCCCCGGCGGGUACGAGUGCAGCUGCUACGCCGGCUACCGGCUCAGCCCCGACGGCUGCGGGUGUGAGGACGUGGACGAGUGCGCGUCCGGCCUCGGCGGCUGCGAGCACCACUGCACCAACCUGGCCGGCUCCUUCCAGUGCUCCUGCGCGCCCGGCUUCCGGCUGGACGAGGACCGCCGGGGCUGCACCCCCCUGGAGACGCUUGAGGGGGACCCGGCCGGCCGGCUGCCCUUGGCGCGGCCCCUGCCCCACAUCGCGGUGCUGGCGGACCCGCCGGCCCACCUCUUCCAGGACGACGACGUGGGGGCCGAGGAGGCGGAGGAGGCGGAGGCCCGGGGCGCACUCUCCCUGGAGGAGAAGUUCGUCUGCCUGGACGGCGCCUUCGGCCCCGACUGCAGCCUGACCUGCGCGGACUGCGGGAACGGAGGGGCCUGCCUCCCGGGCCUGGACGGCUGUGACUGCCCCGCGGGCUGGACUGGGCUCGUCUGCAACGAGACCUGCCCCGCGGACACCUUCGGGAAGAACUGCAGCUCCGCCUGCAGCUGCCGGAACGGCGGGACCUGCCACCCCGCGACCGGGGCCUGCCGCUGCCCUCCCGGCGUCGGCGGCGCCCACUGCGAGGACGGUUGCCCGCGGGGCCUCUGGGGCAAGCACUGCCGGAAGAAGUGUCACUGCGCCCACCGGGGCCCCUGCCACCGCCUCUACGGGGCCUGCCUCUGCGACCCGGGGCUGUACGGCCGCUUCUGCCACCUGGCCUGCCCGCCGUGGGCCUUCGGGCCGGGCUGCUCGGAGGAGUGCCGGUGCGAGCAGCGGAACACGCGGGCCUGCGACCGGAGGGACGGCAGCUGCUCCUGCAAGGCCGGCUUCCGGGGCGCCCGGUGCCAGCACGAGUGCGAACCCGGCUUCUUCGGGCCGGGGUGCCAGCAGGCGUGUGCCUGUCCCCCGGGCUCGGCCUGUGACCCCGUCAGCGGUGCGUGUGGGAAGCAGUGUCCAGCCGGCUUCCGGGGGGAGGACUGUGACCGAGACUGCCCGGCCGGGACCUUUGGCGUGAACUGCUCCGGAUCCUGCCCCUGCGGGGGGGCCCCCUGUGAUAGGGUCACGGGGCAGUGCCUGUGCCCCCCGGGGCGGACGGGGGAUGACUGUGGGGCAGACUGUCCCGAGGGCCGCUGGGGGCUCGGCUGCCAGGAGGUCUGCCCGGCGUGUGAGCACGGCGCCGUCUGCGAGCCCGAGACCGGAGCCUGCCGCUGCCAACCCGGCUACACGGGCAGCCGCUGCCAGGACACGUGCCCCGCAGGCUGGUUUGGGCCCGGCUGCCGCAUGAGGUGCUCGUGUGCCAACGAUGGGCACUGCCACCCGGCGACGGGCCACUGCAGCUGUGCCCCCGGGUGGACCGGCCUCCGCUGCCAGAGAGCCUGUGACAGCGGCCACUGGGGCCCUGACUGCAGCCACGCCUGCAACUGCAGCGCCGGCCGCGGGAGCUGCGACGCCGUCAGCGGCCUGUGUGUGUGCGAGGCCGGCUACCGGGGCCCGCGGUGCGAGCAGCGGUGUCCCCCGGGCCACUUCGGGCCGGGCUGCGGGCGGCGCUGCCAGUGCGAGCACGGGGGCGCCUGUGACCACGUCAGCGGGGCCUGCACCUGCCCCGCGGGCUGGAGGGGAGCCUUCUGUGAGCGAGCCUGCCCGGCCGGCUUCUUCGGACUGGACUGCCGCCACGCCUGUGACUGCGCGGCCGGGGCGCCGUGCGACGCUGUGAGCGGCGCCUGCCUCUGCCCUGCUGGCCGCCAGGGCCCCCGCUGCGCCCAGACCUGCCCGGCCCUCACCUACGGGCACAACUGCAGCCAGGCCUGCUCCUGCUUCAACGGGGCCUCCUGCGACCCAGUGCACGGGCAGUGCCACUGCGGCCCUGGCUGGACGGGUCCCAGCUGCCUGCAGGCCUGCCCCUCCGGCCUGUUCGGCGAGAACUGCCAGCACGCCUGCCUCUGCCGGAACGGGGGCACCUGCGACCCCAUCUCGGGCAACUGCACCUGCGCGGAGGGCUGGGCCGGCCGGGCCUGCGAGCAGGAGUGCCUCCCCGGGCGCUUCGGAGCCGGGUGCCAGCGCAGCUGCGGAUGCCUCCACGGCGGCCUCUGUGACCUGCACACCGGCGGCUGCCUCUGCCCCGCGGGCUGGACGGGGGACACGUGUCAGAGCCCCUGCCCGCCCGGAUGGUUCGGAGAGGCCUGUGCCCUGCGCUGCCAGUGCCCGCCGGACGCCGCCUGCCACCACGUCACCGGGGCGUGCCGCUGCCCCCCGGGCGCCACCGGGCCUGGCUGUGAGCAGACCUGCCCGCCCGGCACCUUCGGGGAGAACUGUGGGCACCAGUGCCAGUGUCCCGGCGAGAACCAGACCUGCCACCCGGCCUCCGGGGCCUGCGUGUGCGCCUCGGGCCACCACGGGCCCGGGUGCCGGCAGCGGUGCCCCCACGGGCGCUUCGGGUCCGGCUGCGAGCACCGGUGCGGAUGUCUCAACGGCGGCUCCUGCGACGCGGCCACGGGCACCUGCCGCUGCCCCCCGGGGGUCCUGGGCCCCGACUGCAGCCUCACCUGUCCACAAGGCCGGUUUGGUGCCGGCUGCGCCCACGUCUGCAGGUGUGGGCCGGGGGCGACCUGUGACCCGGCGACUGGCUCCUGCGUCUGCCCCCCGGGGCGGACCGGCGCCCACUGUGAGCACGAAUGUCCCCAGCACCGGUUUGGCGUGAGCUGUGAGCACCGGUGCGCCUGCCGGCACGGCGGCCUGUGCCACCCCGCCAACGGCAGCUGCUCCUGCGGCCUGGGCUGGACGGGCCCGCACUGCGAGCUGCCCUGCCCCGCGGGGCGCUACGGCGCCGCCUGCCGCCUGGAGUGCUCCUGCCUCAACAACGCCUCCUGCGAGCCCAGCACGGGCGCCUGCCGCUGCGGCCCCGGCUUCUACGGCCAGGCCUGCGAGCACCCCUGUCCCCCUGGCUUCCACGGGCGCGGCUGCCAGGGGCAGUGCCGAUGCCAGCACGGAGCCCCCUGCCACCCCGUCAGCGGCCAGUGUCUGUGUCCCGCCGGCUCCCACGGCCAGGCCUGCGAGAAGGGGUGUGAGCCGGGCUCGUUCGGAGAGGCCUGCGGUCAGCGGUGCGACUGUGAGGAUGGGGCCACCUGCGACCCUGUCACCGGCCUCUGCCUUUGCCCCCCAGGGCGCACGGGGGCCGCCUGUGACCUCGACUGCAGAGCCGGCUUCUUCGGGCCGGGCUGUGCCCUGCGCUGUGACUGCGGGGGUGGGGCCGACUGCGACCCCGUCAGCGGCCGGUGUCACUGCGUGGACGGCUACACGGGGCCCACCUGCCGCCAAGGUGGGCCCCCCCAGCUCCCUGGCACCCUGUCCCCAGCCCUGGGCCCAGCCUCCCAGGCAGCCCCGCACAGGCCAGCGCCCGGGCUCCGCCGCAGGGCCGAGGAGCGCUAGCGCAGCAGCGUGCCCGCGUCCCGGUGCCGCCGACACGACCCAGGGCUUGGAGCGCUCUCGGAGGGACGCCGGGGCCAGGACUGCAGCCCCCCUGGCUUCCGGGCUGUGGACACUGCAGCCGCUGCAGGGACCUGCACGGUGGCCUGGCAGCAGGAGGAGGCUCCGCCUGGGCAGCUCGGGAGCAAGCGGAUUGGCCUGGCUGAGGA